GUAGUUUAAACGACGUGUAGCAGACUGGGUGAAUGGGGAAUCUGAACGUCAGCCGGAAGACAAGCAAGCAAUUCGUGCUAACGAAUUUACUUCAUUUGGAAAGACAUUUUAUCGCGCUAUACUGGUUCUCUAACAGUUUUGCAGAUCACAAUGGCAACCGGCGCAGAUGCCAGGGAGAUACUGGAGUGGUGUGGAGGGGAGAAUGACGCGGGGCCACUGAAUAAAAAGGACAUCCUUAACUCGGAUAUGAAAAAGGCCAAGAAAUCGGCAGACGCCCUGACGUACAAGAGGCCCCAGGGGAUGCCCAGGGAGGUCUACGCGCUGCUAUAUUCUGAUAAAAAAGACGCCCCGCCCCUGUUGCCGAGCGACACCACCCAGGGCUACCGCACGGCCAAGGCCAAGCUGGGCUGCAAGAAGGUGCGUCCCUGGAAGUGGAUGCCCUUCACCAACUCCGCCCGGCAGGACGGCAUCGUGCUCUACCACUGGAGGCUGGUGACCGAGGAGGGCAAGGACUACGCCUGGUCCAAGUACAACAAGACGGUGCAGGUCCCAGCGUACUCUGAGCAGGAGUAUCAGCAGCAUCUCCAUGACGACGGAUGGACCAAGUCUGAGACGGACCACCUGUUCGACCUGGCGCAGCGCUUCGACCUGCGGUUCAUCGUGAUCCAGGACCGAUACGACCAUCAGCAGUACCGGAAACGCUCGGUGGAGGACCUGAAGGAGCGCUACUACAGCGUCUGCUCCAAGCUGGCCAAGCUCCGCCCCCAGGCCGCGGCGGUGGCCGACUCGUACGUGUUCGACGCCAGCCACGAGCGCCGCAGGAAGGAGCAGCUGGAGAGGCUGUUCAACCGCACGCCCGAGCAGGUUGCGGAGGAGGAGUACCUGAUCGGGGAGCUGCGUAAGAUGGAGGCGCAGAAGAAGGAGCGGGCCAGGAGGGCGCAGGACGUGCAGAUGCUGAUCACGGCCGCUGACGCCAGCGCAGACACGCAGUGCGCCAAGCGCAAGGCCACCAAGAGGAGGCUGCCCCUCAAACAGGGAGCUGAGCCCGCGGCUGUUCCCGAGACAACGGGCAUCAAGUUCCCCGACUUCAGGUCAUCUGGGGUCACACUGCGCAGCCAGAGGAUGAAGCUCCCCACUUCGGUCGGACAGAAGAAGAUCAAAGCCAUCGAGCAGAUGCUGACAGAGCUGGAAGUUGAUGUGAACCCGAUCCCCACGGAGGAGGUGGUUCAGCUGUACAACGACCUGCGCAGCGACCUGGUGCUGCUGUUCCAGCUGAAGCAGGCCCUGAGCAGCUGCCAGUACGAGGAGCAGACCCUGCAGCACCGCCACUCCGCCCUGCUGAAGAUGGGCACGCCCGCCGUCGACGGCCAGGCCGGCGCCACGGGGACCGAGCCCAAGGAGCAGGGCCCGGACACUGCAGGGGUGGCACUAACUCCCAGCCCGAGGAAACCCAGGGACUGGAUCCCCGGUUCUUCUCCCGGGAAGAAAACCAAGCGACUCUGAGGCGGGACGGACGCGGUCGCCGUUUAAAGAGGGGUCCGGGCGCUCUCCUGGGGUACGGUGCGGACCCGCUCGCUUUGGUGGAAAGGGAGCUUGACGGAACCGGUUUUGGCCAGUUUGUUGCCCCCAGUCCCCCUUCCUGGAACACAGUGUUACACACAGUCCAACCUGUAGCCACUCUUCUCUCUCUCUCUCUCUCUCUCUCUCUCUCUCUCUCUCUCUCUCUCUCUCUCUCCAUCUCUCUCUCUCCAUCUCUCUCUCUCUCUCUCUCCCUCCCUCUCUCUCCAUCUCUCUCUCCAUCCCUCUCCCUCUCUCUCUCCCUCUCCAUCUCUCUCUCUUUCCCUUUCUCCCUCCUCUACAGCCACCGGACCCCACUGCUAGCGCCACCACAGAGUGGACUUUGACUGACAUUCCAUUCCAUUAUUCCCCCUCGUCGCACUCUCGCGGGCGAAAUGAAGUCGUAUGAACUGAAAAUUGCCGCGGAGAACUAAUCAGGGGCCCCCCGCCGCUUGGCUGUCCGUCUAAUUGAAAUGUUGACAAGCACCUAGUUAAAUGUGCACCUCUCCUCUGCCAUUGUAAAGAUUCUGUAAAUGUCCUGUUUAUUAUAGCUUUUCACACUGUGUGACCACCGCGUUUAUUGAUGCAGGAGGGUGUCAGCUCGCUAUCGGAGGCCCCAGACUCCUCUGCUUUCUGGCGGUGGGGGGGCCUCGCCAAAACUGUGAAUAGAACUGAAAUGAGCGCGCUCGCACACAAACACUUAGCAACGAUGUUUUCUUUUUUCGUUCCUUGAAAAUAAAACUUUUUUCAAAGGAAA